CUCUUUGAUCUUCUUAAGUCGAUCAGGUGUCAGAUGGCGAGGCUUACUAUAGACGAACCGACCAGAGUUGAAAUGGCUGAAGACGCGGUGAGUGGUAGUGGAGCCGGGUCAACCAGCAGUUGCAGUGGAAGUAACAACGGUGGAAGUAUCAGUGGCGAAACAAGCCGACUGCAAUUACUUCAAGAAAUGAGAAAGCAAAAUUUUGAUAGCAUCCGAUUUGCUUCUUAUCGUACCGCUUGCAAAAUGAGAUUUAUUCAGAAAAAAGUAAAUCUUCAUAACGUUGACAUAUGGAACGUAAUUGAAGCAUUUCGUGAAAAUAGUUUAAAUACACUGGAGCCAUCAAGUACACUUAGUGUCUCAAGGCUUGAGACCUUGUUGUCUUCAUUGUUUCAUGCACUCAAUAAAAGAAUGCCAAUAUCGCAACAAGCUAAAGUUGAUGCCACAACUGCAUUACUCAUGAAUUGGCUAUUAGCUGCUUAUACAAGUGGGGAUAACAACAAAAUUUCAGUAUUUUCUGUCAAAGUUGCCUUAGCUACCCUUUGUGCAGGAAAACUAAUGGAUAAAUUUCGAUAUAUCUAUUCACAAAUUUCGGAUGGCAAUGGUCACAUGAUUCAUUGGAGAUUUACUGAAUACUUAAAAGAGGUUUUAGCACUGCCUGCUGCUCUUUAUGAGUCACCCUCUUUCGGCUAUUCCAAUGAUUUGGGAAACUCUAUAUUUCCAUCUAAUGCAAAAAUAACUGUCAACGAUUUUUUGGAUACAUUAAUGUCAGAACCUGGACCUCAUUGCUUAAUUUGGCUACCAUUAUAUCAUAGGAUGGCUUCUGUAGAAUGUGUAACACAUCCCAUUGCAUGUGAUGCCUGCCAUAGAGAGAAUUUCAAUGGAUUUAGAUAUCGAUGUCAAAGAUGUCAUUCAUAUCAACUUUGUCAGGAUUGUUUCUGGAGAGGAAAAGUUUCUGGUACCCAUAGUAAUGAUCAUGAAACAAGAGAAUAUAGUAGUUUUAAAUCACCAAGUAAACAAAUAGGACAUUCAUUGAGGAAAAGUUUUAGAUGUGUACCAGAUAAGGGAAGAAAUAAUCUACCAAGAUUUCCAGAACAACCAGAAAAAACUUUGGAUUUAUCUCAUAUUGUUCCACCUUCUCCUCUACCAUCACAUAAUGGAUUUCCUGAUUCUGGAUUCAUGGGUCCAUUUGAUUCGGGUUCAUUAGAUAGUCGUUCAACUUUAAGAAGUUCUCGACUCGAUGAUGAGCAUAAAUUAAUUGCUAUGUACGCGCAACGAUUAUCGCAAGAAACCAGAACAGUACCUAGAACUUCAUCUAGGCUAUCACAGGUUAAUCAAACUAGUAGAACACCGUCAGAUGCUAACUUAACAUCAUUAGAUGCAUCAAGAGCACAACGAGAACUCAUAUCACAACUUGAAGCAAAAAAUAAAGAGAUAAUGCGAGAAAUUGCAAGGUUAAGGAGACAACAAGAAAUUGAAGCAGCAGGUUUAGAGAAUCCAGCCCUCAUGUCAGAAUUACGAGCUUUACGGCAACGAAAAGAUGAAUUAGAAAAUCAUUUGGCAACAUUACAAGAUUCCAGAAGACAAUUAAUGGUACAACUUGAAGGACUGAUGAAAAUGUUAAAGAUACAUCAAGCAUCACCUCGAUCUACUCCAAAUAGUUCACCACGUAGUACUAAGUCACCACCAUUAAUACCAGGUCCUACUUCUAGUAGUAAAUCUGCACCAGCAACUCCUGGUGGUUCACUAAGCAUUAUGCCGAAUCAUCAGCAACAACAUCAGCAAAUGCAACAACAAAUGUCACGGAGCUAUCAAAGUCCAAUACCCCCCACUCCAAUGAGCGUCAAUGUUCAAACAGCAACGAAUGCAUCAAUUCACGGUUCUAUCCAAAAUACUUCGAUGCCAGAUAAUUUAUCCUGUGUCGGAGGCGAUGUAAGGUCUGCAUUCAGGACAAACAGUUUACCAGGAAGUAGCUCCAACAGUACCAAUAAUAGCUUGGGACGAUCAUUAAGGAAUGAUCUUUUAAUAGCUGCGGACAAUGUCACUAAUGCCAUGUCAUCGCUUGUUAGAGAAUUGAAUUCAGAUUCAGACGAGGAGGACCAAUUACAUAAUUCUGGACACCAUAAUAUUAAGAAGCCAUUAGAUUUCGAAAUCGUUGAAGAUGAUGAAAGUACUAACGAUACUAGCAAUUGGCGAGAGGAAUUACAACGCCGCUAUCAAGAAGAAAAUAAUUUCUUAUCUGAGUUACGCGCUCGUAAUAAUACAGUUACCAUUCAGUCACAUAGUCAUCAACAAACUCAACAUCAUAAUCAACUUACAAGCAAAAUACAAUAUUCUAAUCAGAAUCCAAACCAAAAUCAGCAUCAAGUUCAACAUCAAAAUCAUAAUACAAAUAAUUAUAAUCAAAAUAAUCAAGAAGAACAGGAUCAUUAUCAACAGCAUCAGAAUGAGUACGAAGAGGCAGAAGAUGAAAAACGCAAUGAAAAUGAAAUUGAAUGGUCUGAAGCUGUCAAACGCUGGAUUAAUCGAUAAAUUAGAU